GAGAGAGAGAGAGAGAGAGAGAGAGAGAAGGAGAGGGAGAGGAAGAAAAAUAUAAUUAGGAUAAUGGAAUUUUUUACAGUUACCGUAUCAGGCGAGCAAUGGAGAUUGAUACUCGACAACAGUUUUUGCGAAUUUAUGGUAUCUAGGUUUAAAUUUACACUGUGCUUCUCGGGAAUUCUCGAUGUGAUAUGUUUGAGCUUCAAUAUGUUUCAAGUUUUUCAAAUUGUUACGUUCGGUGGUAAGAUCGAAGAGUUCAUGUUGCAUUUAGCAUACAUAAUUCCCAUUCUUGUAUACAUGUUUAUUAUUAAUUACUUGGGCCAAGAAAUUACAGAUCACAAUAACAAUAUAUUUCUCAGCACGUACAAUACUUGUUGGUAUAUGGCACCAUUAAGUAUACAAAAAUUGAUAUUAUUGCUGUUGCAAAGAGGCAAUAAACCGUACACAUUGUCUGCCGCUGGAUUAUUUGUUGCAUCUUUACAGUUUUUUGCCAAAGUAAAGAACAUAAGAUAUGUACCUUAACGUGGAAUAUUUUAAGUAAGACAACAAUAAAAAUAAAUUUUUUUGUUACAGUUGACGAAUGCAUCGUUAUCUUACUUUACUGUUAUGUACAGCGUCCAGAAAUCAUAAGAAAUCAUGUUGUAAAUAUUCUAAUAUCUCCACUAAAUAUAUAUAUGUAUGUAUCUAUAAAAAAAGAUACCCCUUUCCUCUCUGACUGUGUCCAAUUGAUCUUCCAGCAAAUUGUGUAGUCUUGUAGAAGGAAAUUUAUUAAAAGAUAUAAUUUUGA